AUGGGUCCUAAGCCUCUUGAUCCUCUAGAGCUUCCUGAGGUCUGCAGGAUUGGUGGGUCUGUUGAGAUGGUUUCUUGGGGUUUGGAUUUGGGUUGGUUUGAGUCUGAUGGCGGUGGUUUGGUGGAGUUGAUGCUGUCUCCUGAAGCUCUUUUUCGAGCUGCCAUGGCGGAAGAGU